AUGGCCUCUCCGUCGCGCAUCGCGGCAACGGCCGCCACUACGGCGACCAAUGCAGCGGCAAAGAUGGCAGCACCUCAGGCCUCGGUCGGGUUCCAGCCGCGGCAGGCCUUCGAGGUGUCGUCGUCCAUCACGCGCUCCUACUAUCUCGGCCACCACCGCGCCGCCCUGUACACGAUGCAGAGGACGCUCUCGCACGUGGGGCUCAUAAUCGAGUGCCGAGACUACCGCGUGCCGCUGAGCUCGUGGAACCCUCUGCUGGAGAGCAGUCUGACCGCCGCCGGCCGCAGCCGCAUCAUCGUCUACACCAAGCGCGAUCUGGGGCCCAGGCCACCCUCGGCCCGCGACCCCCGGAACAGGGGCAAGAUCGAGGUCGCCGACGGCCUGCUCGCCCGCUUCCACGAAGAGCACCGCCACGCCCAGGCCGUCGUCUUCGUCGGCGCCGGCCCGCGCGACCGCCUCAGGGACGCCAAGUCCCUGCGGUCUUCCCGAGGAGGAGGCUGCGACAAGCAGCUGCUCGAUGCCAUCCGCCACGUGGCCCGCGACGCCAACAGCCUGACGGGCCUGCGCACCAUGGUGGUCGGCAUGCCCAACACGGGCAAGAGCACGCUGCUGAACCGGCUGCGGGCCGAGGGCAUGACCAACACGGUCAAGGCGGCCAAGACGGGGUCCGAGCCGGGCGUGACGCGGAAGCUGGGCACGCCCGUGCGCAUCCUGGGCCGCGAGACGGACGGCGACCCCGACACGCAGGGGCUCGGCGAGGGCGUCUUCAUCCUCGACACGCCCGGCGUCUUUGUGCCUUACGUGUCGAGCGCCGAGGACAUGCUUAAGCUGGCCCUCGUUGGCUGCGUCAAGGACGGCAUCAUCUCGACCGUCACCAUCGCCGACUACCUGCUGUACCACCUCAACCUGCAGGACCCGACGCUGUACCGCGAGUUCAGCCCCGCGCCCACAAACGACAUCCACGAGCUGCUGGCCGGCGUCGGCCGCCGCACCGGCAAGCUGGGCCCCGGCGGCGUGCCCUCCCUCGAGAGCGCCGCCGACUACUUCGUCAAGGAGUGGCGCCGUGGCCACCUCGGCCGCUUUAUGCUCGACAAGGUCACACCCGACACGCUGGCCCUGGCGGCCGCGGCCGCCAAGCAGCCUGCCCUGAGCCUGAGCCAGGCGCGCAAGAAGGAGAAGGUCACGCGCAAGGCCGCCAACGACGCGAAGCGCGCCACCCAUGCAGACUCCGGCGCCGUGGCCUAG